AGACGUGUGGACGAACGAGACUGAAGUUUCCCCUGGAAAAGAACGACGACAUGGACACCUGUGACACCACCGUCACAUGUGGCAAUAACAACGAACUCCAGUUUUGCAGGAGCUUCCCUACUGAGUGCGUCCGUGUACUGCCCGACUGUGACUAUGCCCUGAUUGAGUUCGGGCUGAAUGUGGUUGCGUCGGAUUGUCUGAUUGAACGCAGCGUGCACAAGAGGAAAGUUUUGGAGAGGAUGUACAAGUUGAAGUUCGCUCAAAGAAAUACCCCUGACGUCACGAGCUUGACGGAGGAACAACUUGAGGCCGAGCUGAGGAGGGUCAUCGAGGCCCGCAAUGCGCAGGCGCGUCGCUAAAAUGUCGGCCAUUGGUUGUUUACACAUCCAGACACCCGUAACUUUGUCAACAACGAUAUUUAUUUUGACUUCGAG